CAAAUUUCCUCCAUAUCUCUUUCCCCUCAAACCACCAGCUGGCACCUGAGAGCAGCUUUUGCACUGCUCAGGCGUCCAACGAGUCUUAAAGUACUCAAAGCUAACCGUGAGUGACUCAGUCCUGUCUGAUUCAUUUCAUUGUGUUCUACGUUUGGUUUGGCUGCAUUGCAUUGCUGCGCACAAUCAUAUCAGAAUCACAUUACCGAUUUCUAUCAAAUCGAUUGAAAUCAAGAGUGCGCGUGGCUAAACAAUGUCCGCGUAUAAUCAUCCAUCGACCUCGAGGUCACCUGAUCUGUCUCGUACAUUGCCCCUCUCUGGGCCUUCACGAACAUCUUCAGUGCAGCCUUUGGGGUCAGGGGAGUCAUUGCGAUGCAACGCACGCUCACCGCUCUUACCUCAAUACCAUGCUCAACGUGAUAUGAACGGGAAACUGACUGCGUCGUCGUCCAGAGCUUCCAGGCAGCCGACGUUGCCGCCUGCGUCAGACUCUACCUUUAACACGUCCCCCUUUCCCGCAAUUUCACAUAAACCUACCCAUUACAUUAACCAACAUGUUCUCGAUCCACCACUUGUGAAUCGCUCGUUGUUCUCGCACCAACCUGGUCCAUCGCAAUCACCCGGUCACCAUGUCUCGCAUAAUUUCCUUGAAAGUUCCCAACUUUCAAGUUCCUCGUCCACUCGCCAUGUCGCGAUAAACAGUAACUCAACACGUCAAACGACGUCUACUCCGGUCUUCAAUAACAUUUCGGAUCUUGCAGCCCACUAUGGGAUACCCCAAUCUUUGCCCAGUGCCCCUCGUACAACUCCUAGUAGACCAGAACCAGGAGAACCAUCUUCAACACUCUCUGUUGAAUCUUUCGGACCUACAAACUCACCCGAUUUUGCCAAUUUGUGCUCGAAUUACUUGAACAUGUUGUCACAAAAAAUAGACAACAACGACGCGACCGUUGUCCACGGUGAGGACACGGCGCUCUGGACGGCCACGCCGUCUGACGCUGAAGCCAUUCUGACGGUCAUGGACGUUUCUCGGUGUGACUUGAAUGAAUACCUCACUUCACCCAUAAUCGACUCACCCUUCGAUGAUGAGUUGCUCACUACGCCCGCAUUCGGCUCUGCGGACAUCAAUGCGGACAUCCUCACGAGUCCGCUUUUGGAUGAUUUCGGGGGUGACUCGUUUGGCGAACUACCAUCUCUUUUUGGUGAUUUCGGUACUAUUUAUCCCCCAAGCAAGCCCACCGAGUCCUACCACAUCCCCGAACCCAACUUCGAUGCGCUGUAUCAAAUGUCGCCCGACACUCCAUUCGAAUCUCCCCUUGAAUCUCCUGCCAAUCGUCCACCGCAGCGGAAAGUUGCUGUCACAGGCACGCGUAAGAACAUUACGCCGGAGGCCCUUGUCCCUGUCGAUGCUCCCACGCAGCAGCGCAAGUACCUUACCCCAUCAGCAACCUCUCGCAAGGAGGCGCGUGCGGUUGCUUUCGGUGAGGAGCAAGACGAGCUCACCGAGGAUGUGCACAUCAGCCCUUCCAUGACUGAGCAGGAACAAAUUGAGGCAAAGAGGCGCCAAAACACAAUCGCUGCUCGACGAAGUCGCAAGCGCAAGUUGGAGUACCAACGUGAAUUGGAGGAGAGUGUUGAGCAGUACAAGCGCGAAAGUGAGAUCUGGAAAUCGAAGGCAAUGACUUACCAGGCCCUACUGCGAAGUCAUAACAUCGAGUAUCCCGAGCUUCCAGACCCAUGAAAGCCACUCAAGUAGUCUCGUCAUUCUCUUUGUCGUUCUUUUGAUACCUGAUAGUUCUGAACUUCGAUGCUCUGUGUAUUCUUAUUAUGUUCACCAUCCCCAUCCCUUUCACAUCCACUGGCGAAGAGCAUCGUCGUAUCCCCUUCCCACAUGUUCAUGAUCCCUCCUGACCUACGUUUUUUCGUUCCCACUUCCGAUAUUUUCUUGAUCUUUAUCCUCUUAUCCUCAUCACGCGUUGCCAUCUAGUAGUAUUCACGUUCCCCGCCUAUAUGCCCAAGGUUGAUUACAUAUGCGUUAUCGAUUAGAUCUGCAAAUCAAAAGUAAUGGUUUCUGCGUUGUCA